AAAAAAAGUUCAAGUCGCCCAUAGAAACUCCCACUUCAGUUACAAGCCUACUAUUACUUACAACCCAUUAUAAACUUGAACAAACAACAAAAUCAAAUCACAAUGCCAAAGUCUAAACGAUCUAAGGUUGUCUAUAUGACGCAGGUCAACAAGAAGACGCGUGAAGACAAAGACCGUCUAUUCGAGAACAUCCGAAAAUGCAUCCCCGACUACCAGCACUGUUUCGUCUUCAGUGUCGACAACAUGCGCAACACCUACCUCAAGGGCGUGAGGCAAGAAUUAUCCGAUAGUCGACUUUUUUUCGGCAAGACCAAACUUAUGGCACGCGCCUUGGGCCACAGUCCCGAGGAUAGUUACGCAGACAAUAUCUACCACCUAACCCCCUAUCUGCGCGGUACUGUCGGCCUUAUUUUCACAAACCGCACACCUGACCAACUCCUCCCAUACCUGGAAACCUUAUCUCAGGACAAGAUCGACUUCGCCCGCGCCGGCGCCACCGCCCCGCGCGACUUCAUCGUUCCGUACGGCACCAUCUAUGCCACCGGCGGUGAGGUGCCCGCGGAAUACGACGUGCCCAUUGGCCACACCCUCGAGCCUGAGUUGCGCCGGCUCGGCGUGCCCGUCCGUAUGAUUAAGGGCCGCGUCGUCCUUGAGGAGGGACCCGAAGGCCCUCAGGAAUCUGGCGGGUAUGUCGUUUGCCGUGAAGGCGAUGUCCUAGACUCGCAGCAGACGAGGCUACUCAAGCUAUUCAGCGUCUGUUUGAGCGAAUUCAAGAUCAAGGUCCUCGCUUAUUGGAGCGCGGCCACCACCAAAGUCACCCCAGUAGAUCUAGGGGUUACGGGCAACGUCGAGGACAAUGAGGGAGUCGAUCAGGAAGGAACCUAAUAGUGGUAGUCAACACUCCACUCUUACUAUUUCUCCCUCCCGUAUAUAACUCGUAUGUGUGCAUUUACGGUGAUACCAUUGGUUGCUGGCGUUCGGUGGAGGCAAAAUAGGGACCGGUAUAUAUGAUUAGAGUUUUACUAUUCCAUCAAGAUGCAGU